AUGAGUGGUGACACUACCAAUAGCCAAAAACCCAGGAUUACUUUAACACAAUUUAAGAACUAUGAGACAAAUGUAAUUAGGAAAAAGAAGUUGGUCAAAAAACAACUUUACAAAGACAUCCGCGAUCGUUGCAGGUCAGAGUUGGAUGAAUAUGUAAUAUGUUCCAGCGCUACAAUGUUUCCAAACUUCAAAUGCAUUGAACAAUAUAGGAUUCUAGAAAAAUGUAUUAAAAUGUACCAUAACCAGAUAAUGAGCCCAGAAACUGAAAAUAAGAUGCUUAACGAUAAAAUAAUUAAGGGUGAUAUAAAGAUACCCAAGUGUAAGUGGUACUAG